AUGUCUUCAAAUGAAGUUGUCAGAAGAAAAAACGAAGCUCCAGUAAAAGAAGAGUUCAUUGAUAAAAAAAGUGUUGCUAAAAUUUCGAGUGAGGCUGUAUUUGGAGAUAUCGACAAUAAUGAUGAUAAAAAAGAUUUGGAACCACCAAAAAAGAAAUCACGUGUCACAAGAAAACCAGGUCAAAAUAAAGGAAGUGCUGUUAAAAGAUAUUCAGAAUCUUUAAGAUUGUGUCACAAAACUUCACUCGAUGAAAAUUGUGAAAAUGAAUUAUGUAAAUUUAGUCAUGAUCUUCAGGAAUAUCUUCGGGUUAAAGAAAAAGAUUUAGGAAAUAAAUGUGUAAAUUUUGAGAAAUUUGGAAAAUGUCGUCAUGGAUAUGCAUGUAGAUUUGCAAAUUCACAUAUAGAUCUAAAUGGAAAACUGAUUAUUAAUGAGGAGUCAACUAUUCCCAAUAAUAAUAUUAAUGUUGAACUCGUAUCUGAAAUAAAGCUUUUAGCAAAAAAUAUAAUUGAAGAAAAAAACGUUACCACUGCUCAACUUCAUAAAACUCUUAGAAAUCGUACGUACAAAUUCCCAAAAUCUGAAGAAUAUCUUCGAGAGAUUCAAUUAGAGAUUUCUCAAAGAUUGGAGAUGGAAAAGGCAAAUAGAUUAGCAAAACAAAAUGCACAGGAUGCAUGUAUUAUUGAAUCAAGUGAUAAUGAUAAAGGCGAACCAAAAUUGGAAAUUCUUGAAGAAAAUAAUGAAAGAGAUGAUAAACUAAAAGAGGAAAGAGAAGAAGCGCCUAUUAUCAUUGAGAAUAAAAUUGAAAAACAAAAUAAUGAUGAUGGAGAUAAUGUUGAAGCAUUCAUUGACACGCCAGAUGUUCCAUUACGACAAUGUGAAAAGAAAAAAUUUUCUUUUAAGGAUAAACUUUAUUUAGCACCAUUGACUACAGUGGGAAAUCUUCCAUUUCGUCGCAUAUGUAAAGAGUUUGGAGCAGAUAUUACAUGUGGAGAGAUGGCAAUGGCAACAAAUAUUCUUCAGGGGCAACAGAGUGAAUGGGCUUUGAUGAAGAGACAUGUUAGCGAAGAUAUAUUUGGUGUCCAAAUAUGUGGAAACAAAGCAGAGUAUUUGGUGAAAUGUGCAGAGGUUUUAAAUAAUGAAAUAGAAGUAGAUUUUGUUGACUUGAAUUUGGGAUGUCCAAUUGAUGUUGUUUUUAACAAGGGAGGUGGAAGUGCAUUGUUGAGACAUGAUGGAAGAUUGGGAAAAAUGUUGAGAGGAAUGAAUCGAAUAAUUGAUGUACCAAUCACAGUUAAAUUACGUACAGGAAUUUCAGAUAAAUGUUACGUUGCUCACAAAUUGAUUCCUAAAUUUGAAAAUUGGGGUGUUUCUUUAGCUACUCUACAUGGACGUUCUCGUGAACAAAGAUAUGUAAAACUUGCUGAUUGGGAUUAUAUUUCAACAGUUGGAUCAACAAGAAAAAAAAUGGAAUUUUUUGAUUAUUAUCAACAUAUUGAAAAAAAUAAUAUAGAUGGAGUUAUGAUAGCAAGAGGAGCUCUGAUUAAACCUUGGAUAUUUGAUGAAAUUAAAUCAAAAAAACAUUAUGACAUUUCAUCAAAGGAAAGAUUUGAAAUUUUAAAAAAAUUUUGUGAUUAUGGUAUGGAACAUUGGGGAGCUGAUACAAUUGUAGGGAUUCAAAUAUAUUUUUAUAUGUUUUUAUAUAAUUAUAUGAGUGUAUUAUAUAUUCCUGUAGGUUUGCUUGAAGUUUUGCCACAACGAAUCAAUGAGCGACCACCUUUAUUUCACGGCAGAGAUGAAUUGGAAACAUUAUUAGCUAGUCCAAAUAGCAAUGAUUGGGUUAAAAUCAGGUACUCAACUAAUCUAUGA